AUGCAUACGGUGGAGCUGAGACAAAUGAACUUGGCUGAGUGGGUCAGGAGCUGUCAUCACGACGGGGAACUUGAUCAAAUUAUUGAUCCAAGCAUAAGGGGUAAGAUUGAAAUUCAGAGUCUGAAUCAGUUUGUUGAGAUUGCAAUGAGUUGCAUAAAUGAUAGUGGGAUUGAACGGCCGUCAAUGAAUGAUGUUGUGAGUGCGCUUGAGCUUGCAUUGCAGCUCCACCGCAACUGCAUUGAAAGGAACAAUGAGGUUGCCUUCGUCAAUGACAGUGCCGAUGCCAAACUUAGAAGUGCUAAGCUAGAUUGCACUACAGAUGAAUCCAUCCAAUGUAUAUCUGAGACAAUCUUUUCUGAGAUUAAUGAUACAAAUGGGAGAUGA